UAACCCGCUCGCCUUCACCCACAAACGCCACGCCGCCGCCGAUCAGCCAACAACCCCACCAAUCUGCUUCCACCCCGAGCUCGGAAGCUUCCGGAGCCUAGGGUUCCCGCCCCACAUGGCGCUCCUCUCCGACGACGCCGAGUUCUACCUCCAGGUCGGCGCUCUUUGGGUGCUCUCCGCCACCGUCACCAUCACGAUCCUCAGGGGCUGGAUCCGCGGGCACGGCUUCCGCCCAAACACGUCCCACCUCUUCGUGCUGAGCUACAGCUUGGUGCUCGCCCAGGACGCCCUCCGGCUGCUCCUGGUCCACGGGAACAUCCCCAAGCCCUACCGGUGCAGACGAUGCCCCGGAGACGCCAGCGUGCCGGCAGUCCGGGACUGCAUUCUUCUGGCGGCACUGUACAGCCGGGAUCUCGCGCAGGUCGCCGACCGCUGCUUCACCAUGCUGCUGAUCGCGGGUGUGUCGUUCCUGGGGGAUGCCAUUUGGGGGGAAAGGAUGCCACCAAGUCCGAGUGUUCCUGAAAGGAGGGAUCUCAGUAAAGUUGGAGGCAUCGUUAUCGAGAUUUCAAUGCUCAUUUCCUGCGUUUUGUCGUGCAUCCACGGUUUGCCCGUCUUGCUUCAAGACUACAUGGCUGCUGCAGCGAGUGGCAGGGAUACUGCUGUGGCAUAGCGUUUGGAUACCCUAACAUCCAAGACCUUUCAAGAAUGCUUAAUUUUGUAUGAACUAAACCGGC